CAACAGCAUAAGACACACAAACAUCAUGAUUCCCACCGCCACCCACUUCAUUUCACUCUGCGAUGCCAUGAUCGAGAACCACACUGACCAACAAGCCGAGUCAGAGCGCAAGGCUGAAGAGAAUCGAGAGGAUCCGGUGAGAUUGAACGGCUUAUCAGAAGACAACUCAAUCUCGAGCCGAUACCCAGAAGGGACAGAGAAUAUGAGAGCAAUGCCCUCUACCACUGGGGUGAACGCAUAAAGUGGAGUGUCAUAUGGGGUGAUCUCGAUCCAGGGUAUUGGAGCUCAUCUCAGCUAUUUCUGGGGGAAGCCAAAUAAUUAAAAGAAAUUAAAAAAAUUAUUUAUCCGUAUGCCGUUGUGGUGUCAAGGUGGGAUAUAUUGGAGAUGUGGUGUGGGUGGUAGUAACCCGAAGACGGCUACUUGCAUGAAGCCAUCCCCAACUUCACCGGAAUGUACCUACACAAAAGAAAACCUCUCUCUAUUUAGUAUCAGACCUAUUGAAAACAUGGCCAAUCUAACAACCACUGUCAACAAAACACAUAGCAUCACGUCAAAAUGCUCACCCCCAGCCAAUUCAACGCCCUCUGCGACGCCAUGAUCGAAUACCACACCGACCAAGAAGCCAUAUCCGAGCGCAAAGCCGACGAGUUACGGCAAACAUUGUGGAACUGGGCCCCUAUUGGAACAAUGAGGUCGCAAGACCUACCCGACUAUCCCUUGCUCAUCUGGAAACCCGCGCUAGAGCAACAGCAUCUUCGUAGAGACUCAGAAUAUGACAACGACGCUCUUGACCACUGGGCCGAGCUCACAAAGUGGAGAAUCUUGCAGCAAGAACUCCCACCGAACCACUGGGAACACACUUCGAGAUGUGGAUGA